UUCAAACAUAAGAUUUUUGAAGUCCGACUGAAAACUCUUUCUUUUUCCUUCUAAUGUUAUGAAGGAAAGCAAUAUUUGCAUAGCGUUUUACUUCAUUUACGUGUAAGCAAAGAUGGCGUAGGAACAACAUUCAAUUGGGACGGUUACACGAAUGAAUAAUAAUCAUGAAUUUGGAUUGGAGCAAUCUCAUUCUUUAAUCUUCGGUAAUCAUUUUUAGAAAGGCAACAAAAGCAUGUAGAAAAAGAAACGUAUGAACCUCGCAACAAGUAGCUACGAACCGAACCAAUCCGUCGGACUAUAUGACCAAAAUCACAAACCAAAAAUGUGAAAAUCUUAUAGUUUUUUUUUUAUUAUUAUUCUAAAUGAAUUAUUCAUUUAUGCUUCUUUGAAGUAAUUCUAGAGUUAUAAAUAUGUACUUUCUCUGAUGGCCAACACCAAGAACAACAAGAUUACAAGCCACCACGAUAAGAGAAAUGAGGCAAACCUUGUCUUCUUUUUCCUUCCCUCUCUUCCUCUUCUUGUUGAUUUCAACUUGGACCUUCCAUGGCAUAGCCGCCAUUGAUCUCAUCCGUCAGACGUGCAAGAAAUGUGCUCAAAGAGACCCUAACCUUGGCUACAACUUCUGUGUAACUUCUCUUCAAGCAGCUCCGAAAAGCCAAUGCGCUGAUGAUCUUCAUGAACUUGGCAUGAUAUCCAUCAAACUACUUCGCCGUAACUUAACAAAUUCAAGGUCCUUCAUUAAGGAGCUCUUGAAGAACAAAAAGCUGGACCCUUUCGUAAGAUCAUGCUUGCACGAUUGCUUUGAUCUUUAUUCUGAUGCUAUCCCUACCACCAAACAGGCCAUCGACGAUUACAAGUCUAAGCACUAUGAUGAUGCCAAUAUUGAUGUAAGUUCGGUCAUGGAUGCCUCUACAACUUGUGAAGAUGGGUUCAAUGAAAAAGAAGGUGCGGUUUCGCCAUUAACAAAAAGAAAUAACGAUACAUUCCAGUUGUCUGCUAUUUCGCUUUCGAUUAUGAACAUGCUACGAUUGAAUUAGCCAUUCGUGACUGGGGUCACUUAGUUCAUUAAUUAGCUUGAUUCUAAUUGAGUUUGUUUCCUUGUUUAUAUUCUUUGUUUUGGUUGCCUGGUUCAUUGGAUGUUUUCCAAUAAAACAAAUUAGUUUAAAAGAUUUUACACCAUAAAAGAAAAAGGGUUGAGGAGAUUUUCAGGGAAGGCUUUCAUUGGGGUGGUGUCUGAAGCUAACUUUGAAGAGUGACUUGUAAUUUAUCUUUGUCUUACAGUUUAAAUUAAUACAGAUAAUUAUUACUUAAAGCUUCUUGGUGUAACAUUAUUGUUGAUCACACCAAUCCAAAGAAUAAAGGAAUUAGCCUAUAUUUGUGCUUUCAUUCAACCGAAUACGAUGAUAUGGAUCUUGGAUUUAAUGCUAACUAACGAACCUAUACAUGAUCAUUCACGUGGCGAUGCCACGAGUUUCACAUCCAUUUCAGGUUUGUGUCAACCCAGUCGCAAAGAUUGUUAGAUAUUCUUGCCUUGGUUCGACAUUAACAUAUGAACAGUGGCUAAAGCCUGCCAAUUCCAUCUUUAAAUAGCUUCCACAAUAACAAAGCCUGCCGACAAAGUAAUAAGUCAAUUCUCUCUGCCUUUUACCGGCUUCCAUGGCAACAGCACCUACUAAUUUUUUGACCCUUCAAUAACUUCAUUCAAAGCUAAAAAAGUGCAGGAGGAAAACAAGAGACCAGACACAUCAAUUCACUUACUGAAUAUAGAAAUCCAACGCUUGAAAGAAGCAAGCUUUACUCCAUUAAUGCCCUCGGAAAGAGUAUUCCUCAUUUCAAUAAAAAAAAGACUAGGAGCAAGCAACUGCCAAUGUCACAGAGCCUUUUAUAAAUGAAAGAUUACUAAGAUAUAUAAAGGUUCACAUCACCUCUGCCUUGUGAGGAGCCUUUUAUAAGACAAAACCGUGAGAUAAAAGCUCCAGAGCGGAUAAUACCUCACAAGGGUGUGAACCGCGACAGGUAAACUGAUCUGAGACGCCGGAUGAGUGGAUUACAAGGGUGUGAAUCGUGAUAGGUAGGCUGAUUUGGGACACCGGACGAGUGGAUGCCUGGGUCCUAGAGCUGCGCGGGUCGGAACUUAAACCUCGACCCGUGACAAGUGAUAUCAGAACCAACCCUAAACCGUUCAAUCCAUGCUAAGUGCUUCAAUCUCGGACGCCGAAUGAGUGGAUGCUCGGAUCCUGAAACUGCGUGAG